AUGAGUGCCUCCGCCUCCUCCUCCAGCGAGACGACGCGCUACCCGCACGACCGCUUCCUCACCACGAGCGUGUCGCCCGACUCCUUCUGGGGCCGCUGGCGCGAUGCCGUGCGCGAGGUCAGCCUGCCCGUGCAGCUCAAGCUGCUGAAGGACACGGGCCGCUACGACUGCUUCGACCUCAAGCCGAUCCCCUACUACAAGAAGCCGAUGGACGUGUGGCCCGUGCCACAACAUCUGUUUUGGGAGUCGGACUGCGCAAAGAUCAUCGAGGCGCUGGCGUACCUGCAGCCCGAGUACCCGGACAAGGAGCAGCGCGGCCACAUCGACCACCUGGUCGACCUCAUCGAGAAGGCACAGCAGCCCGACGGCUACCUCAACGUGCACUUUGUCGUCAACGAGCCCGAGAAGCGCUGGAGCAAUCUGCGCGACCUGCACGAGCUGUACAACGGCGGCCACCUGAUCGAGGCGGCGCUGGCACACCACAAGCUCACUGACUCGGAUCAGUUCCUCAACGUCAUGCUCCGCUUCGUCAAGUACGUCGCCUCCGUCUUCGGCCCCGAGUCGGAGGGCAAGACGCCCGGCUACCCGGGACACCCGGAGAUCGAGCUGGCGCUCAUGCGCCUCUACCACCGCACGGGCGACAAGACGAGCCUCGACCUGGCGCGCUACUUCAUCACCGAGCGCGGCCGCGACGGUGGCAAGUACUACGUCGACGAGCAGGCGCGGCGCGGCGAGCACCCGCAGCUGGCGCCGGCGAUGAUGCCCAAGAAGGGCUCUUACUGGUACAUGCAGGCCCAGAGCCUCAUCAAGGACCAGCAAGAGAUCGAGGGCCACUCGGUGCGCGCCAUGUACCUGCUCACCGCCGUCGCCGACUUUGCCGAGACGUGCGAGUCGGCGGGCGUCUCGGACGCCGAGGCGGCGCCGCUCAAGGAGGCCGUGUACCGCCUCUGGGACAACAUGGUCAGCAGCAAGAUGUACGUCACUGGCGGCAUCGGCAGCAUCAAGCAGUGGGAGGGGUUCGCCAUUCCGCACUUUCUGCCCCAGGGCACCGACGAGGGCGGCUGCUACGCCGAGACGUGCGCGGCCAUCGGCAUCAUUAUGCUCUCCGAGCGCAUGCUCGCGCUGCAGCUCGACUCGCACGUCGCCGACGUCGCCGAGCGUGCGCUGUACAACGCCAGUGUCACGACGGGCAUGUCCGUCGACGGCAAGUCGUUCACCUAUGAGAACCAGCUGGCGAGCUGCGACAAGGACCUGUGCAACCGGCACGAGUGGUUCGAAUGCGCCUGCUGCCCGCCCAACGUGCUGCGCACGCUCGGCGUCAUCGGCGGCUUCUUCUGGUCGGCGCUCGACCAGAAGAGCGUCGCCAUCCACCACUACUUUGACGGCACGAUCACGCACGGCGACCUCAAGGUGACGCUCAAGACCAACUACCCGUGGAGCGGCAAGGUGCAAUUCGACGUCAAGGCGUCGGCCGGGCAGAAGGUGCUGGUGCGCAUCCCCGACUGGGCCGGCGACGAGUACACCUCCUCGCCGCAGGUGCAGCGCGCCGGCAACGGCUACGUCGAGCUCGGCGCCGGCGAGACGACGCUGGAGCUGCCGCUCAAGCCGCGCUUCUCCUUCUCGCACCCGCACACGGGACAGGACCUCGUCACGCUGCACUACGGCCCGCUCGUGUACUGUCUCGAGGACACGGACAACGCGUGGGUGCAGAACCACUUCAAGGACCUCACCAUCUCGGCCAGCUACGACCUCUCGGCCGCCACGGAGGAGGUGCGCGACGGCGUCACAUACCUGCGUCUGCCCAAGGCCGGCUACCACCGCGAGCCCGUCGCGUACGUGCCCGCCGUGCGCAGCGGCGCCUCGCAGAAGAACGGCGCCUCGUACGCCCGCGUCACCGCAACGAUGGGCGGCAUGUCGCCGGUGCCGCAGUACGUCGAGAAGGAGGGCGAGGGCAAGGACUUGCUCUUCAUUCCCUACUACUUCAGGGCGAACCGCGAGCGCAAGCAGAGCGUACACAUGCGCACGUCGCUCCGGCGCAAGAUCUAA